CACACAUCGCGAGGGGGCGCUCGAGCUUCUCCUUGAUGUUGUACAUCGAAGAAGAAGAAGAGUCAGCAUUGUAAACACAGGGCUAUGGCUGACGAGAGGGCUGCAGAAGAAGACAACCUUAACGACAUUAUGGGGAACCAGCUGCAGCUUUUACCAGAUAAUGAGGAAGAGGAGGAGGAAGAUGACAUGGAAGAUGACAUGGAGACUGAAGAACGAGACAGUGAGGGGACAGAGAAGCACACCACCAUCAACUUUGAUCCCAGUCUUCCCACAUCACAUUCUUACCUGGGCUCAGACAUGGAGGAGUUCCACGGCCGUACGGUCCACGAUGAGGACAGCUGUCAGACCAUCCCUGUGCUGCCUCACACGGCUGUGAUGCUGGUGCCCGGCCAGACGCUGCCUCUGCAGCUCUUCAGGCCGCAGGAGGUCAGCAUGAUGCGGAGCAUCAUCCAGAGAGACCGCACCUUUGCAGUGCUCUCACACAGCAGUGAUGCAGGUGAGCCGGACGCAGAGUUUGGGACGACAGCUGAAAUCUAUGCAUACCGAGAAGAGCAGGAGUAUGGCAUUGAAACUGUGAAAGUGAAAGCUGUGGGAAGGCAGAGGUUUAAGGUCCAUGAGAUAAGAACUCAAGCAGACGGGAUCAGACAAGCCAAAGUACAGAUCCUUCCAGAACGAAUCCUUCCAGAUCCCCUCUCUGCCGUGCAGAUAGCACCCCUCACCAGGCUCAACAUGCACCCCUCCUGCAAACCCCCGACUCAGACCUGCAAGCAGGCCCAGCGCUGGUGGAAUAACUACCAGCAGAGGAAGUUUCACUGUGCCAGCCUGACGCCAUGGCCACCCUGGGUCUACGCACUUUACGACUCUGAGUCGCUCAUGAACAGAGUGAAGAAACAGCUCCAUGAAUGGGACGAGAACCUGAAGGAUGACUCCCUCCCUACGAACGCCGUAGACUUUUCCUACAGAGUAGCGGCCUGUCUGCCCAUAGACGACGCUCUGCGGCUCCAACUGCUGAAGAUCGGCAGUGCCAUCCAGAGACUUCGCUGUGAGCUGGACAUCAUGGACCGGUGCACAUCACUGUGCUGUAAGCAGUGCCAGGACACAGAAAUCACCACGAAGACUGAGAUCUUCAGCUUGUCUCUGAACGGCCCCAUGGCUGCAUACGUCAACCCUCACGGUUACGUCCAUGAAACGUUGACCGUCUACAAAACCAACAACCUCAACCUGGUGGGCCGGCCAUCCACGCUGCACAGCUGGUUUCCAGGCUACGCCUGGACCAUUGCUCAGUGUCGCACCUGUGGGUCUCACAUGGGUUGGAGGUUCACCGCCAUCAAGAAGCACUUGUCUCCGCCUCGCUUCUGGGGUCUGACCCGGUCGGCCUUGCUCCCCCGCAUCCCCCACGGCGAGGUGGAGGAGGGGAGAGAGGGCUCUCGCCUCUUCUGCCUGUGACGACGCACCAUCAUGUAUCGUCAAUAAACAACAACAAAAACCCUACAGACCCCCAAAGCCUACAUCUCCAUGCACUCUCUCACUACAAUUACUGUCACUAAUAAACACAGCACCUGUCACCCAUGGCAGUAAAUCCAUCAUAUUAGUGGAAAGGUCAGUUAGCCUUUAAAUGGCACUCAAUUUAGACCAGGAGGGAACUAUUGUCCUUAAAAGCUAUUGAGAAGUGGAGGCAGCAGUUAGACAACUAAGUGCAUUGAGAGAAAAUGAGGAAAAAAAAACAGAGCAACAACAGAUUGGUCCAUAACACGUUUUAGAAACCUAGCUUGCAGCUGGCUGAUCUGCACCGCUGUCCAUCUGAUUCCAUGGUAGCUGCAGACAUACACAACAACAAAAGCUAUGCUUAAUGCAUCAUUUCCCUUCCACUAAUUUCCUCUGUAUGAUGGAGAGGUUUUCUGCAUGCAGUUGAGAUAGAGAUAUCUGGCUGAUAUGUUUCUGAUUUGAGCUGCUGUGGGUCAGUGGAGGAGAUGAGAGGGGACUUGUUUCUCUAAGGGUAUAUUUUGAAUCUAGGAAUCAUAUAGGAUGUAUUUUUAUAUGCAAUAAGAUUGGAAAGUUGUUAUUAUCACAAAAAACGAGAUGACAAUGUGUGAAGUCCCUGAGAUAAUCAGCUUUGUAUUAACUGAGAGCCCAUUGUCCUGUCAGGUGAUGUGCUCUGGAAACAAACAAGAAAACAUUAGAGAAAACCUGAAGUCUAAUGAAGGACUGUUUUUAUAAAAAGGUUAAAGCUAGUUUGUUCAUGUUGUAUGGCAUGUUAAAAUGUUGUGCCUACGCCCCAGAGUCUUUUGAUAAGUUUAAUGAUUCAAUGAGCCACAGAGGACUGAAAUAUUGUAACUGAUGAACGGUGUUUUUUGUUGUGUAGUGUCGCUGUUUUCAGGAUUUUACAUCUUGCGAUCUUUGUUGCAAGGCACUGGCUCAUGUUUGUAUAAAUGUAUCUGUAAAUGAGAGGCCGUUAGCAUAGCAUUUGUUGUGUCAUAUAACUGUUGUUCUACUGUUUGUAGAAUUGGAUUCUUAAGUCGCACAUAUCUACAUGUCUUAGAGAACAGAGGAAAAAAAAACCUUGAUCGCAAUAAAAACAAAUCUAGAAGUGAAGAUGUUGGUCUAUCUAAUUAACUGUUUUUGGAUGUUUUUCUCGAAGGAAUACAUUUUGUCAAGGGGAGUCAUAACUACUCUUAAAAAGGCGGUAGCUGUCAAUAAUAAAAAAUAUAUAUGAUCUAAACCUUAUUGCCUAAGCUAAGCAGUAUGUCAUACAGGUGUACAUUCCUGAGUUUUGUUGACACUCAGUGAGGGAAAUAUCGACUCUAAUGAUAAAGGAUAAUGACUCGGUGGUUUCAUGCAGGGACCUUUUCGGAUUCAUAUUUUAAUUAAUCAUACAUUUUGUUAUCUUUCCUUAAAAACAUAUUUCACGUUACACCCCUAUAACACUGGGACUCAAGGCGGAUCAGUACAGCAGGAGAUAUUCAUUAUUUUUAGUCCGGCAUUCUUCUUGCUUCUUGCUUGCUUCUUGCUUUUUGCUGCUGCCUACAUUACCCAUAGUGCAACUCAGCCUCUCACAAUUUAGUCAGUUUCAGUUGUGUUAGCCAUGGUGACUUACCUGAGGCAAUUUAUUAGAUUUUGUGCAGCUCUAUCAACAGCCAGAAAAGGCUUCAUCUAACUUUUAUUUUCAAAAAUGCCGUUGAGAAGACCUGGAAAUUGACUUUAAUGGACCUCUUUAAUUUUUUUUCCUGUUGUACCCUUCAGCAGUUGCAUAUCGAUGUGUUUCAUGAAGAAAGAUAACAGGUAUAAUCUAAAAAGUGAAUGUCUCUUUGGUUAUAUUAUCUGUAAUACUGCUUAUUCAAUGUUCACCAGGCUGUCAGACUUUCCUUCACCUCAAACAAUGAAAUGUACGCUUCACAGAAGAAUUUAAUUACCCGUUUCCAAAGAAAGCUGUUUCUCCUUUUUCCAUGACAAUCGGUGUAUAAAAGAGUAAAAAUAAAUAUGCAGUUCUCCUCCUC